CUGGCAGCCGCGAGCGACGCGGCCGGGGUCGCCAGUGAGCAGUCACCGGCUCCAUUCAUUCCCGCGGCUCCGCCUCCUUUCCCGGGCUCCGCGGGCGCGUCCGAGAGGAUGGCGUUCCCUGUGGAUGUGCUGGAUAACUGCAGUCACGAGGAACUGGAGAACUCUGCUGAAGACUACAUGUCAGACCUACGGUGUGGGGACCCUGAAAAUCCUGAGUGUUUUUCUCUUCUCAACAUUACGAUUCCUAUUAGCCUGUCAAAUGUAGGCUUUGUACCUCUUUAUGGUGGCGAUCAGACCCAGAAAAUCCUUGCUCUUUUUUCACCUGAGGACUCACUCACAGCUGUGGCACUUUACCUUGCUGAUCAGUGGUGGGCUAUUGAUGAUAUUGUGAAAACAUCUGUCCCUUCUAGAGAGGGGCUUAAGCAGGUGAGAACUCUUGGGGAGAGAGUGGUUCUGUAUGUUCUGAAUCGAAUUAUUUAUAGAAAACAGGAAAUGGAGAGAAAUGAGAUCCCAUUCCUGUGUCAUAGCAGUACUGAUUAUGCUAAGAUUCUGUGGAAGAAAGGAGAGGCCAUUGGGUUUUAUUCAGUUAAGCCUACAGGAAGCAUAUGUGCCUCAUUUCUUACCCAAAGCUACCAACUGCCAGUUCUUGAUACAAUGUUUAUAAGAAAGAAAUACCGAGGCAAAGAUUUUGGGCUUCAUAUGCUGGAGGACUUUGUUGAUUCCUUUACAGAAGACGCACUUGGCUUGCGGUAUCCACUGUCCUCUCUAAUGUACACAGCUUGCAAGCAGUACUUUGAAAAGUAUCCAGGAGACCACGAACUCCUUUGGGAGGUUGAAGGUGUUGGACACUGGUGCCAGCGAGUACCGGUCACCAGAGCAUUACAAAGAGAAACACUUAAAAUUACAGUUUCUCCAAAUGAAGCUAAAAGACCCAUGUCUGGGGAAUAUGGUCUUGCAUCUGUUCCAGAAUAUGAAGCAGGAACUGAAGACAAUCAGUCCAGUGAGAUGCAGCUAACUAUUGAUUCUCUAAAAGAUGCCUUUGCAAGCACUUCUGAAGGUCACGAUAAAACACCAGUUUCCACUCGUACUCGAAGUAGUCAUCUGAAGCGACCAAAGAUUGGAAAGCGGUUUCAGGAUUCUGAAUUUAGCAGUUCUCCAGGGGAAGAUGAAAAGACACCCCAGACUUCACCUACAGCUUUAGUAAACAAACUGGAGUCUACUGCACAUAUAUCAGAGAGCUCAGAAGAAUUCCUGGAAGAAGAACAUGAACAGAGUGUGAUUGAAUUUGAGGAUGGAAAUAGUGAUAAAGAUGUUCGUUCAGCACCUGAAACCCAUCUGGAGAAGCAAGAUGGUGAAAAGGAAUCUGAAUUAGAGCCUAUGAAUGGUGAGAUAAUGGACGAUACUCUUAAGACCUCUCUUAUAACUGAGGAGGAGGACUCCACUAGCGAAGUUUUAGAUGAAGAAUUAAAAUUGCAGCCUUUUAAUUCCAGUGAAGACUCUACAAAUCUUGUCCCACUGGUGGUAGAAUCUUCAAAACCCCCUGAGGUUGUUGCACAGGAUAAGACCUCACAUAUAACUGACUCAGAAAUGUUGCUAGACGAAGGCCCAUCUGAUGAAAAGGGGCACGGGGAAGAGAAACUGCCAUUAGUUUCCAGAAAGAAGGCGCACUUUGGCAGUUCAGACAAUGUUGCUACUGUCCCAAAUGAAGAACGAUCUGACAGUGGUUUUCCAAACUCUGUGAUAGCUGAAUUUUCUGAAGAAUCGAUCUCUGAAAAUUUAUCACCCAACACUACUUCCUCUUUGGAAGACCAGGGUGAAGAGGGGGUGGCUGAGCCCCAGGAAACAUCUACAGCUCUUCCUCAGAGUUCUUUGAUAGAGGUUGAACUGGAAGAUGUGCCAUUUUCACAGAAUGCAGGACAGAAGAACCAGUCAGAGGAGCAGUCUGAAGCAUCUUCUGAGCAACUGGAUCAGUUUACACAAUCAACGGAAAAAACUGUGGAUAGCAGCUCAGAGGAAAUAGAAGUGGAAGUGCCUGUUGUAGACAGGCGGAAUUUAAGAAGAAAGGCCAAAGGUUAUAAAGGACCUGCUAAGAAGAAAGCCAAGCUGACCUAAAUGAAGAAGUGCAGAUGAUAAAUCCUCUUCUUUGUAUCAUAAUUGUUUUUAAAAUAUGGUAAUAAAUAGCACGGGGCACAGGACAAAAAUUCCAAAAUUUCAAUUUGAGCUUAUUUAUGAUGCAGUUUUUUCCUCCCCCUUAGGACCCAGGAUUCACCAUUUUUAAUUUUUCAGGCUAUUUUGUGUAAAUACAGUUUUUUAAUUUUUAUUAACCAUGGUUCAAUUUGGGGAAAUUAGAUCAUACUGUAUUUUCUUUAGUAGUUGGGGCCAUCUGACCGUUAACUUUCAGGAAAUAUAAAUUAAAAAACUGAAAGUCAUAGGCUUUCCAUUACUUGUGAGGAUCACAGAAAUCUUUUACACGAAGUGUUUUAAUAGUAAACUUUGUGAAUGUUCUAGUUUUAGCUUAAUUAUCAAAACUAAUCACCAUUUUUAAAAAAUGUAGGCAUGCCUAAACAAAAAUGUCAGUAAAUUAGAAUGAUUUCAACUAAAUGAGAGCACAAAUACAGAAAUUUAUGGUCAAAGGUGUAUGAGGGUGAUAUUUUGGUCUCUUAAUUCAAUGUUGUAUAGAUGCAGUUUGACUUUGACUUCAAUGUCCAAAUAGGUACAAACUUUCCAACUCUUUAUAACAUCUAAUAUUAAGAGUACUGCUAGGGAUUGAACUCUGGCAUGUAGGUACUAAUAUAAUUAUUUAAAAUUUGAAGUUGGAGACUAUACUUUUGUCUUCACCUGGUUAACAUCAAAAGUGCACAUCAGAAGAGGACCCGUCCUAAGACUUCUCCUUAAUCCUGCCACUGCUUUAUUGUAUAAUCUUAUUUAUAUUCCUCUCAGCUCUCAUCCACUUCCCUAACUCACGGAGUGAUUCCUGUCACAAGGUCUUCCUGCCUGCCGGCCUGCCAGCUU